CGGCUCGGCUUUCUACUGGCGCUUUUUUGUUGAGAAAAGUACGACAAUAUCAUGAUAUUAAACGUGUAUCCUUUGUGUAUCAUCCUAAAUAAUAAUUGAGAAUUGAUUCAAACAUGGAAGAAGAAAAACUCCUUCGAAGAAAGAAGAAGGCCUUAAACGGGAGCAAUAGACGAGUCUUAGCAGAAGCUUAUAAUGAUUUGGCUACCUACUACUACAAGCACAACCGAUAUAGCGAUGCUUUGGAGCAAUAUAAAGCUGAGGCUUCGAUAUGCAAAGAUCUCGGUCUUCGAAUGGAAUGGGGCACUUGUAACAGAAUGGUCGGCGAGAUGUACAUGUUAUUAGCCGAGUUUGAUAAGGCUCUGAAGUAUGAGGAGCGACAUUUAGCUGUAGCAAAAGAGCUAAACAACCAAGUGGAAGAGCAGCGAGCAAUGGCAACUCUUGGCAGGAUAUAUCUACUGCAAGGCCAGAGCUCUACAGAUGAGAAGGAGGCAGAGAUGUCACUAAAAGCUGCCGAAAAGGCAUUUAUGAAGAGCCUUGUCCUGUGUGAAAGUCUGAAUGGCAAAAUAAAGAAACAUGAGCUUAUGGAUAUGAGAGCUAGAUUACUUCUAAAUAUUGGUGUUGUACAAGAACACCUAGGCAACUUUGACAAAGCUCUUGAUUGCAUUCAUAAAGCCAUAACAAUAUGUUCUAAUCAAGAUUUGUAUGAAGUUUUGCAUAAUUGUUAUACUACAGAGGCCUUGUUGUAUAGCAAUAAGAAGAAGGAUUAUGCAAAAGCUUUAAGCUGCUUGAAUAAGGCUUUGGAGGUUGCUAGUCGGUUGGAGGAUAAGAUACUAAAAUCGUGUGAGACGCUAUCGUCAAAAGCGGACAUUCUCUGCAAGAUGUCGGACUACCAGAGCGCGAAGCAAGUGCUCCUUAAGGCGUGGAAGUUGAAAACUCCUGAUGAAGAUGAAAGGGAAAUUAUUGAAAACAAUCUUAGAGUUGUUGCAGCAAUUUGCUACACUGAGGACCUACUAAUCUCCACCGAUCCAUCAGACCAUACAACUUUUAAGAAACUGUACGAGAAACUCGGCGAUGGUGCAUGCCAUUUAAAGAACUAUCCAGGAGCCGUGGAGUAUUACUUGAAGAUGCUGGAACACGCUGAACUCGCUGGAGAUUUUGGGAAAACGCUUAUACCUAUUUACGUUAGUUUAUACCAAACUUACAAAGACAUGGGGAGCUACUACGAAGCUCUGCAAUAUUACGAGAAAGAAUACGAAUUCAUAAAAGACAUUCCUAAAGAAGCGUACACUACAUUGUACAAUAUCGCUGAAGUUUUAUUCUUAGCUAAGAAACCAUAUUUUCAAGUUGAAAGGGCUUGUUUGGAUGCCAGAAAAGCGGCUCAAGAUUGGAAUAAAAAGAAAUAUGAAAUAAGAAUACUAAAGAACCUUCUUAAGUACCAAGAAGAAUAUGGUGAGACUGAAAAACUUGAAGACACAAAGUCUGAACUUAGAGCUUUAGGUUAUGACGAUUUUGACAAUUUAGACAAUUCUGAGGACGAACAAAGCUCCGCGGGUGGAGGGGAUGAGGAUACCACGCAUAUUGGAGAUGAUAUAUGCUUGGAAGAUCUGACAGAUAUAUCAGAUACUAACGACGAGGACGUUCCGGAGACUAAACGGGAAGUCAGGAGGAGAGGUAAAGGCUUCGCUAUAAAAAAAAAUAUGAAAGGCGAAACCCAGUUACAUGUCGCGUGCAUAUCCGGUAACAAACUCCUAGUAGAACGUCUCCUAGCGAAAGGUCACCCGGUAAACGUGCGAGACAACGCUGGCUGGUUGCCUCUGCAUGAGGCGUGUAUCCAUGGACGGUUGGAGAUCGCUAAUGUGCUUAUUAAUCAUGGUGCUAACAUCAAUGAUCGGGGUGGCGUUAAUUGUGAUGGUAUAACACCAUUAUAUGACGCGGCAAGCAACGGUCAUUUAGAGGUGGUACAACUGCUAAUAGACAAAGGUGCAAUCCCAUCUUUAAAAACCGAUUUCGGCGAGACACCAUUGGAUGUAUUACAAAAAUGGCGAACACAGACCAUUCUUAAUAAAGACGAGGAAACAUUAUACAAUAAUAUAUGCAACAAGAUACAUAGUUUUAUCGACAAGAGUAAUACAGUAGAUGUAUUCAAUAGAUCAAAAUCUAAAACCCCAAUAAAACCUAAGAAAGAUAUAACACCACCAAGUACAUCUAAAAUGAGUAACAGAAUUAAGGAAUUAACCUCUCCAGCUAAAAGGCGUAAUAUAAUUGACGAUAGUGAUGAUGACCUGGAUCUAUCGCAGAAUGUGAGGAAUUUGCCGGCUUUUCCUUCUGACGAUUCAAAUUUUUCUGAAGAUAGUCCACCAGCUAGUAAUACUUUAGGGGUCAAAGCAUAUAAAGAAGCCAUAUCAGCGUUACGUAAUAGAAAUAUGGAUGAUCUUCCCGAAGUUGACGUAAGGAAAAAACCAAAACCAGCGUUACUUGAUCCUGAUGAAGUUGACGAUGACUGGCUAGAUGAUGAUUUGGGGAUUAAUAAACAAAACAAAAAGAGAAAACUUAGUGAUCCAUUGACAAUUGUUGCUAAGAAACCUUCCAUCGAAAUUAUAAGAGAUAGUAUUGAUAGUAUUAACAAAAUCACGCCACUUGUUGAAAAUAAUAAAACAAAUGAACGAAAGAAAUCAAGAAUCAGUGAUAUUGUGAACUUGAGUGACAAUAGUUCAGAUUCUGACAUCUUUCAAAGAAACGAAAAUGUAUGUCCGAAAGUAACUGCUUCUGAAUCUAUGCGGCACAUAGCAAAGGAACUUAAUGAAUCGAAACUUAAGGACACUAGAAUGACUAUGAGGAAAAGAUGGAAACAACAAAGUACAUUACUCAAAGCUGGAUUUCAAAGGAAACGAGACGAGAUUGAUCAAUCUAGUAACAGUGGUAGUGAUAAUGAAUUCACAACGAGAAAAGAUAAAAGAUGGACUAACACAGGAUCUCUAUCGAGAAAAAACUCCGGGGAUAAUCUCAUGAAUCCAGUUUCAUUCACAAGAAAUAAUUCAAAUGAGAACUUUUUCAACACCAACGAUGGUUUUAACGUAGUGCAAAGUUUGAAUCCUAAUAUAAUGCAACCAGUUAAUGUUAUACAGCCUAUAAAUAUAGUGCAGUCUAAAAACGGUCGUCCAGUGCAAACACAGAUUUUGCCACCAGCGGCUGUGAAGGUGCAAGUGGAGGAUAAAGUAUUGUUGAUAUCUUUAAAGUUGGACGCGAUAAAUAAGUUGACAAUCAGCUGGUUAGUUGAGGAAGUAAAAUCACGGUAUUUCAAACUAACAGGCAUCAAACCAGUGUUCAGCCUGAUGACAUCAGACGGCGCGAUAUUAUCUGAAGAAGAUCCACUAAGCCUUGUACUCUCAUCGCCAGAGUUAAAGACUUGUAUUACUAAUUGGAAAGCGUCGCCAGCUGAGGAGAGAUAUUUGGAGUGCUGUGAAGCCCUAGGCAUAGCAACCUCCGAAGAAAUUCAGCAAGCAGUAGGAAGAAGUCACACUACUCAUCGUUUAGCACUCGGCGCUAGAACAUUAUCCCCCUCCCAAAUACGACCACUUUUCCGAGCAUUAACCCACCAAACUCACAUUACCGCCAUAUUAAUAUCAGACAACAAUAUAGGAGAUGACGGAAUCAAAUACCUCACAGAAUGUAUCUGUACAAUGCGGCAUGUAACUAAUUUAGACUUAAGCAGAAACAACAUAACAGGCGAUGGAAUUAAAGUUUUACUAAACGCCUUUGAAAAAGCAACAAGGCCUAUACUACAGUUGUUGGAGGAAUUGGAUUUGACCGGCAAUCCUAUUUCUGAUGAUGGAUUUCGAUGCGUUGUCAAAAUAUGUCAGUAUGUGAAAUUAAAAGUGCUGAAGUUGAAUUAUUGCAGGCUAACGGAAAAUGCUAUGAACGAGUCGACGAAAAGUAUGCAUUUUGACAGUUUGGAAAGUGUAGACCUAAGCAACAAUGAUGUACAAAAAGUGAUGAUCAGUUGUUUUGUUUCGUCCUUAAAUCCGAAUUUGAUAACUGAUUUGGAAUUGGACAAUGUGGGAGUGGAAGGAAAUGUUGUUGGAUGUAUUGCUUCAUUUAUGGAUUCGGCGCGGGAAUUGAAGAUACGAAGAUUCGGAUUGUCGAAUUGUAAACUUGUUGAUGGCCAGUUUAUGAGGUUGCUCAGAAGCCUAAGUCGCGCCAAGCACAUUCAAACAAUAACACUGAAGAACAAUCUCCUGACGUUCAUCACACUGAAAAAACUUCUACAAAGGCAGCCUCCCGUACCUCAAAUUAACUUAGAGGGUUGUCAAGAUAUCUUCAAAUAUUCGCCUGAUUCUGAUUUCCACGUUUGGCUGCCGGCUAUAGACUUUGGAAGAUGUAUACCGGAGAUAAAUGUUUCUCCAGUAUCAAAUAAUGAUGAGGAACGAGAAAGUUUCAAAUCUUUCUCGAAAACUUGGCUGAAUUGUUUCAAAGGGCGGGGAAUGAUUGAACAUUGUGAUAACGGUGUCAUUAAGUUUACUGCUAGGUGAUUGUUACUGAUGAAUUGACAUUAAACUCACCUCAAUAACAGCCUAAAAUUUAAUAAUCUAAUACUCCAUCAAACAGGCCUUCCCAGAUAAGAAGUACCACCACAAUCAGUAUAACCUAAUCUAAUUAUCCAUCGAUUAUGUUAUGUUAAUAACUGUAGCAGAAUGCAGGCAGCGAAUCUGGUAUUCUGAAUCCUAGCAAUUACAUGGUAAAUUACGGUUUAGUUUAGUUCAUAGCAUGCUUUAUAAAGAGUGGUACUUAUUUAAUGUUUGCUAGAUUAAUUUUGUAGUAAUACUUAUAUUGUUAAAUGUAAUGUAAAUAAUCAAGGAUAAUUACAAAAUAAAAUGUU